CAGGUUCACAAAGCAGGUGGCUAUCGUCUUCGAGUUCAGCAAUCUUCGCACACGUUUGGCAAAAUGUACUUGAACUGACUUUGCAGGUAUCCACCCCUGCUGUUAUGAAACUUCCGUGCAAGACAUAAAUCGUCGCUUGUCGACGGUCCUAAACAACACCUGGCUCACUUCUGGUGUGAUCCAGGGCCAGGCCCAACAGACUUAUAAUCAGUAUCCAGUCCAUGUUCGUUUGAACGCGAAAAUUUGUUCAAGUUGGAUAGUGUUCGGUUUGCAAGUUAGCUGUCAACUCUUUACUUGUAGUGUGUCCAAACAGCAGUGGCAAUGGCAGCUACCGAUCGACCCUUGGAGAUCGACCACCACACCAUGAAUUUGGUUUGUUGCUCUGCGUUGAGCCGAAUGCUGGACACAGACUGUGAGGACGCGUUGUCUUUCAUUCUGGAGGGCUGCGAUGAAGUGGAUGGUGGUGCUGUUCAAGACAGCCACGUCAAUCAUUCGCACAACGUGGUGCGUAACCUGAAGGGAAAGAUGAGCACUGGCCUAAAGAAGUCGUUGUCCGCUCUUUCAGGAAUGCACCCUAAAAAGCAGAGUACCAGUUCUUUAGCCAGUUCUCGACUUUCGUCCACUUUGCAAUUCGGUUGCCCGAUACCAGAGGAUGGUCCGCUCCCAAUCAUCGAAAUGUUAGACUUUCUUGAUGACUGUGUGGAUGUCAGUGGUCUGUUCCGUGUGUCUGGCAAUAAGCGACGACAAGAUGAGCUGAAAGCUCUAUCACAGGACGAGUCGUUUGACAUUGAAGAGGUGGUGCAGAAGUUCACUCCACACGACAUUGCUUCUGUUGUCAAGAACUAUUUAUCAGAGUUACCCGCGCCGCUCUUGCAGCAGCAGUUCAAAGAGAUUUAUCUACAGAUAGCAGAGCUUCCGGAGGUUCAGAGAGUGGAAGCACUGCAGUUCCUUCUAUUGAUGCUGCCGCCAGCUUGCCGCGAGCUGUUGCAUUUGCUGCUGAUGACGCUUGGCCGGGUGGCCGAAAACUCCGCUGUGAACAAGAUGGAUGCGAGUAACCUGUCAAUUGUCAUUGCACCCAAUCUCAUCAGCAUACCACCGGAGAACCAAGAUGACAUGCAGCGGAUGACAGUGGUUAUCUGUGACAUGAUCAAGAACUAUGGUCAGAUUUUCACUGUUCAUCACGAAGUGGAGUUACAGAUGCGAGUACUUUUAGCCAACAUGCAGGCAGGAGAGAUGGAUGCACCGCUGGCACUGACCCGCACAUCAUGCGCCAAGCAAACCGAAGAGCAGUAUCAGCGCGAUGCUUGCGUCUAUACCGGCCAGGAGCUGCUCAAGCUGUUCGAGCAUGUCCAAGCCAUGCCUGAGGGAAAGCAGAAACAGCACUUGCUGAAGAAGUUCACGAGUGGUCCGAUGGUACACAAAUCCACUGGAGCAACGUCUCGCAGUGUUGGUGGCAGUGUGGGAAGUGUGAGCAGUAUGGGCACACCGCCUGGUACACCUGGUAGUGUCCACACUAGGCAUAGCUCUGGUGCUACACCCAUGUCCGCUUUCAAGGUCAGCCAGCGGGAAAUCCUUGAUUGUUCGGCGGCGACUCGUCAAGCAGUGCGCUGGGGUACUCCUCGGCGUCGACGCGACACCAGUAAUUCCAGUCGUUCGCAGUCGCAGAGCAACCAGUCGUUCUGCUCGGCCAGCUCGUUGUCGUUCAAUGGCAUGGAGAGUGGUAGCUUUGAUGCUACAUCCCAGUGCUCGGCGCUGUCUAAAGAGAAUUUAGACCCCAUAAGCCCCAUGCCUCCUCCCAGUGGUAAAGCUGAGAGCCGUGGUGGCCUAGCAGCAAAGACGACGCGUGUAUAGUCGUCAUACAUUGCUGAUGACGAUGACUUCACAGGUGGUGCUGCUGCUCUCCCUUGGUUCUGUCUUCUUGACGUGCUGCUUCCGCCAUUACCCUACUCGUGUAUUGUAACUCGCACUAUUGCAAUGGCCAGAACAAUGAAGAUCACGACACAAUGGUGAUGCAGGUGCUCAGCUCUUCAGCCAUACGUCUCCAAUGUUAGUCCUCACGAAGCUCCGGUUCCUCUCGAACUUAACAGCUACAGUCUCUCCCUCUCCCUCUCUCUCUCUCUCUCUCUCCCUCUCCCUCUUUUCCUUGCUCUCUGAUAAGAUGAUUUCUCCUCUUGUGUAUUUGCUUGUCAGCUUGCAAUGAAUAGCUUUGAUGUGUUUGAUUUGAGCGUUUCUUUUGUUUUGUUUGUUUUGUACCCAUUCUGGCCAUGGCAGCUUGCUAUCUUCUGUUUUAUCAAAAGUUCUAUCAUUUUCAACAGUCUUAUACAUGUACAUAUACAUCAUGUGUCAGUUAACGUGUGUGUGUGUGUGUGUGUGUGUGUGUGUGUGCACACGUGUAUGAGUGUGAUGAUUUUCCACAUUCCACGAAAAGAGCUUUCUUCAUUGUUCUCUGUUGUCGUAUUAGGCUGUGCUGUGUGCAACUUGAACUGACUAUAACCACCAUAACCGCUUCAUGUACAUAGUUUAUUACUUGUGGCGUUUCCACAGCUGCUGGCUACACUUCUUUGCCACUAUUAUUAUGAUCUUGAUUACUCACCACGACAACCAGUCACUCUUUUCUUGCAGAUUCACACGUUAGCAAUAGAUGCUCAUCUGACUGCAGCUAUUCUUGUUGUGUGUGAUGCUCGUUGUUUAUUGUUUUGUUUCCAAUCUGCAAAAAAAUGAGGUGUCAGUGUUUGCA